AUGGACACUUUCCUCUUCACCUCAGAAUCCGUCAAUGAAGGACACCCGGACAAGCUCUGUGACCAGGUCUCGGACGCCAUUCUCGAUGCCUGCCUCGAACAAGACCCUGAGAGCAAGGUCGCGUGCGAGACCUGCACCAAGACCAACAUGGUCAUGGUAUUCGGCGAGAUCACAACCAAAGCUCAGGUUGACUACGAGAAGAUCGUCCGAGACACUUGCCGUGGGAUCGGCUUCAUCUCCCCAGACGUUGGCCUGGAUGCUGACAACUGCAAAGUCCUCGUCAACAUUGAGCAGCAGUCCCCCGACAUUGCUCAAGGUGUUCAUGGCCAUCUCACCAAGAAGCCUGAGGAGAUCGGGGCUGGCGAUCAAGGCCAUAUGUUUGGCUAUGCCACUGAUGAAACCCCAGAGCUCAUGCCCUUGACUCAUGUCCUCGCCACUAAGCUCGGGGCCAAGCUGACUGAGGUCAGGAAGAACAAGACCUGCCCGUGGCUGAGGCCCGAUGGGAAAACCCAGGUCACCGUCGAGUACAAGAAUGAGAAUGGUGCAAUGGUCCCCAUCCGAGUCCACACGGUUCUAAUCUCGACCCAGCAUGAUGAGACGGUCACGAACGAGCAGAUCGCGGCCGAUCUGAAAGAGCAUGUUAUCAAGCCCGUGAUCCCGGCCCAAUAUCUUGAUGAGAACACGAUCUUCCAUCUGAACCCGUCAGGCCGUUUCGUGAUCGGUGGCCCACAUGGUGACGCGGGCCUCACUGGAAGGAAGAUUAUCAUUGAUACGUACGGUGGGUGGGGUGCUCACGGGGGAGGUGCUUUCUCGGGGAAGGACCCAACAAAGGUGGAUAGGAGUGGUGCGUACAUUGUGAGGCAGGCGGCGAAGAGUGUCGUGGCAUCUGGUCUUGCUCGGAGGUGUAUCGUGCAGGUUUCGUAUGCUAUUGGUGUGGCUGAGCCGUUGUCUGUGUUUGUGGAUACCUACAAGACGGGCAAGAUUCCAGACAAGGAUAUCUUAGCUUUGAUUAAGGAGAACUUUGAUUUCAGGCCAGGGAUGAUUGCCAUUAACCUCGAUUUGUUGAGGGGAGGAAACUUCAGGUACCAGAAGACUGCGGCUUAUGGUCACUUUGGCCGUGAUGACCCGGAUUUCACCUGGGAGACUGUGAAAGUCCUCAAGCCUAAAGCAUGA